GCAGAGUCGUGUGAGAAGGGUGCUACCAAAGUCCUCACAUGCAACAUCCUUGAUCCCAGGGGCACGUGUCUUCAAGAGGACAGCUCUAAGCCUUUCAUGGAGGCAUUAGAAAGGACCAUGGCUGAUAGAACCCAGAAGAUUCCUGGCAUCCAAUUUCCCUUUCCCUUCACGCCCUAUUCCAUCCAGAAAGACUUUAUGGCAGAGCUGUACCAGGUUUUGGAGGCUGGCAAGAUUGGGAUAUUUGAGAGUCCAACUGGCACUGGAAAGUCCUUAAGUCUUAUCUGUGGGGCCCUCUCGUGGCUCCGUGACUUUGAACAGAAGAAGCGUCAAGAAGAGGCACGUCUCCUGGAAACUGGCCCCUCUCGGGGUGAGAAGGACCCACCCCCACUUCUCUCAUCUUCCUGCCGAGAGACCACAGACGCGCCGGGGCCUGCUGGAGAACCGGACUGGGUGACUGAGUUUGUGCAGAAGAAAGAAGAAAGGGAUCUGGUGGACCGACUGAAGGAGGAGCAGAUCCGGAGGAGGAAGCGAGAAGAACGCCUGCAGCGGAUCCACCACAACUCGCAGCUCACGUGUGCAGCCAAGCGCCUGAGACAGGAGGAAGAAGAAACCGAGAGUCUCCUGCGCCUCAGCAGGGAGAUGCUGGCAGCAGGAACGGGGGCUGAGCAGCCGGAGCAGCUGGAGGCUGGGGAGGAGGAGCUGGUCCUGGCCGAAUAUGAGAGCGACGAGGAGAAAAGAACAGCUCGAGGAGUGGAUGAGGAUGAGGAUGACCUGGAGGAAGAACAUGUGACUAAGAUUUAUUACUGCAGUCGGACACACUCCCAGCUGUCCCAGUUUGUGCACGAAGUACAGAAGAGCCCCUUUGGCAAGGGCAUCCGGCUCGUCUCCCUCGGCUCUCGGCAGAACCUUUGUGUAAAUGAAGACGUGAAGAGCCUGGGUUCCGUGCAGCUUAUUAACGACCGCUGCAUGGACAUGCAGAGAAGCAAACACGAGAAGAGGAAUGAAGCUGAGGAGGAGAAGCCAAAGAGGAGGAGGCAGGAGAAGAGGGCUUCCUGCCCCUUCUAUACCUACGAGCAGAUGCACCUCCUCCGGGACGAGAUCCUGGCAGAGGUGAAGGACAUUGAGCAGCUGGUGGCCAUCGGGAAGGAGGCCCGGGCCUGUCCCUAUUAUGGGAGCCGGUUUGCCAUUCCUGCAGCCCAGCUGGUGGUGCUGCCCUACCAGAUGCUGCUGCACGCGGCCACCCGGCAGGCGGCGGGCAUCCGGCUGCAGGGCCAGGUGGUGAUCAUCGACGAGGCCCACAACCUGAUCGACACCAUCACGGGCAUCCACAGUGCGGAGGUCAGUGGCUCCCAGCUCUGCCAGGCGCAUUCCCAGUUGCUCCAGUACAUGGAACGAUACGGGAAGCGUCUGAAGGCCAAGAACCUGAUGUACAUCAAACAGAUCUUGUAUGUGCUGGAGAAGUUAGUGGCCGUGCUGGGGGGGAACAUUAAGCAAAAUCCCAGCACGCAGAGCCUCCUGCAGAGAGGGACGGAGCUGAAGACCAUCAACGACUUCCUCUUUCAGAGCCAGAUCGACAACAUCAACCUGUUCAAGGUGCAGCGGUACUGUGAGAAGAGCAUGGUCAGCAGAAAGCUCUUCGGCUUCACAGAAAGAUACGGCUCGGUCCUCUCGUCCUCCCGGGAGCGGCCCAGGCUGGCUGGGUUUCAGCAGUUCCUGCAGAGCUUGCAGCCCGGCGUGACUGAGGCCCCUGCAGCCCCUGUGGACGAGGGCCAGGCCAGGGCCCCCACUUCCCCACUGAUGCACAUUGAAGGCUUCCUCGCAGCUCUCACCACGGCCAACCAGGACGGCAGGAUCAUCCUGAGCCGCCAAGACAGCCUCAGUCAGAGCAGCCUCAAAUUCUUGCUGCUGAAUCCAGCCGUGCACUUUGCCCAGGUGGUGAAGGAGUGCCGGGCAGUGGUCAUCGCGGGGGGCACCCUGCAGCCGGUGUCUGACUUCCGGGAGCAGCUGCUGGCCUGUGCUGGCGUAGAAGCUGAGCGAGUGGUGGAGUUUUCCUGUGGUCACGUGAUCCCUCCAGACAACAUCCUGCCCAUCGUCCUCUGCAGCGGCAUCUCUGGCCAGCCGCUGGAAUUCACGUUCCAGCGCAGGGAGCUGCCACAGAUGAUGGAUGAGGCAGGUCGCAUUCUCUGUAACCUGUGCAACGUGGUUCCCGGAGGGGUGGUCUGUUUCUUCCCCUCCUACGAGUACCAGCGCCGUGUCCACGCCCACUGGGAGAAGAGUGGCCUGCUGGGCUGCCUGGCCGCCAGGAAGAAGAUUUUCCAGGAACCCAAGAGUGCAAACCAGGUGGAGCAGGUGCUGACGGAGUAUUCCAAGUGCAUUGAGCGCUGUGGCCAGGCAAAAGGCCGGGUGACAGGGGCCCUGCUCCUCUCUGUGGUUGGAGGAAAGAUGAGUGAAGGGAUCAACUUCUCUGACAACCUAGGCCGGUAACUCCUGGUGGCCCUAGGGCUCCUGAGUGUCCCCACCUACCUCAGUCUUCCCAACCACUUGAGCAAACUGGAAGACACUUUCUACCCUGACAUCAGCAAUUAUGUCAAGGGCCAUCAGCCUCUCAGUGUGACUAUUUAG